AUGGAGGAGCGUGGCGGGACCGUGAGCGCUGCGGUCCGGGAGCACCUGCGGAAGUUGUGUCUGCGGGAGUUUCCGUGCGGCUCAGGCAGCUGGAAUAAGUCCCGAUUUCUCCCUCGAACUUGUCGGACAUGGCGGGAGCUGGUCCCCAGAGAGGAGGAGGCUGGGGGCCCCUCGGAGGAGACGGUGGAGGACCUGCUGGGCCUGGUCUGCAGCCCCCAGUCGCCCUGGGCCCUGCUGGAGGGCUCCAGUGCCGAGGACCGCUACCUGAGGCAGCUGGCCAUCCGGAAUCCCCAGAUGCUCAAAGAGGACUUCCUGUACUCCUAUUUCAGGUCCCUCCAGGUGGUGGACAAGCAGGUGAGCCUGGUGGAUAAAGACCUCCUGAAAUUCCCAAAGCUUGAAGAGUUGGUACUGAGUGCCAAUCAGAUCAAGGAGAUCGAUGCCUUCAAUCUGCCACCAACUCUCAAGGUGCUGGAGCUCUACGGCAACAACAUCACCAGCAUGAAGUGUCUGUGCGCUCACCCUCCACCAGGCCUCCAGCACUUGGGGCUGGGCCACAACAAGCUUCUGGGCCCCCUGCAAAGCAUGUACAUCACCUCCCAGCACUGGCCCAACCUGGUGUCUCUGGACCUGGGCUUCAACGACCUGACAGACCUGCAGGGCAUGGUGGCCAGCCUCAGCACCCUGCAGCGCCUGCGGCUGCUGGUGCUGCAGGGCAACCCGCUGGCCCUGGUGCCCUACUACCGCGGCUUCACCAUCGACAGCCUGGCCCGGCUCUGCGUGCUGGACGACAUCACCGUGUCCUCCAGCGAGAAGCACCAGUUCCAGGGGCUCCGCUACAAAGGGGACUUCUUGGCGCGCGAGGCCCAGUUCGUGGUGACGAUUGGAAAUAUCCGCGGGGUUCUGGACUCCUCGGUCUUGGACCCGGACCCGGGGCCCCACGGACCCUUCAUCACCUACAGCUACUACGUGACCUACGACUUCGUGGAGGACGAGGAAGGCGAAGGGAGCGAAUACGGAGGGGUGCUGGCUGAGGUGCGCCCAGGGCUGGUCCUGAGAAUGGGGGGGGGGCGCACCCCAACUUCCCCUCUAGGCGAUGCUCCCGCCCCCUCCCCAGCCCCGGGCAGCGUCCGCCGGGGACGGCGAGGCCGCACUGCGCUCCCUUCUGUCCGGCCCGGCGCCCCCCCACGCCGGCUGCGCCCCGUCUUCCCGCAGAUCGUCAAGCCCACGCCCAGCGAGGAGGAGGUCCCCGAGGAAGCGCCCGGCACCCCCACCGCCGAGGAGGCGGAAGAGUCCGUCGAGUCCGCGCCCUCGUCCGCGUCGCAGUCGCAGUCGGUGGAGCUGGAGUCCGGGGUGUCGGCCGGGUCGCCGUCCCUGCCCCGGUCCUUGGGCUCCGCCGAGGAGCUGGCCCAGCUGCGGCCGAGAAUGGACCUCCGGCUCUGCCCGUCCCCAGGGACAGUCCUCUUCAGCACCGUCCGCAAGCCCUGGGCUGACGUCAUCCCCUGCAACUACGAGAUGCAGCACACGCUCAAGGACCUGGUGCCGCUCAAGGCCUUCCUGCUGGCGGGGACCACCGUGACCAUCGUGGAGGAGAAGAUUCUCUCCUGGCCCGUGGUGCCACCUCCCGUCGACAUCCCCUCGCCUGGCAAGGGCAAAGGGGAGAAAGAGAAGAAGAAAGAGAAAGAGAAAGAGAAAGAGGAGAAAGACAAGAAGGGGAAAGACGGCAAAGACAAGGCCGCCAAAGGGGAGAAGGAGAAGAAGGAACCGAAGGGGCCCAGGAAGAAGAGAGGGCUUUCUAAGGAGCUUCGCCAGGAUCCACCCAUCCUGCGGGUGCUGGGCAGCGGCUUGGUGGUCCUGGAGCCCCUGCUGGCGGGGGAGCCACUCGUGUCCACCCUGUGCAAGUUUGGGGUGAUCCGCACCUUGGAAUCCGACAGGCUGACAUUCCUCAGGGAUUCAAAGAACAAGAAAGCUAAAAAAGCUGCGGAGCCAGGGAAGGCCAAGAACAAGAUGCCAGCCUUGUCAGGGUACGAGAACGACUACCACCCCGAGCCGCUGACGGUGGAGGUGCAGAUCCAGGUGAACCAGUGCCGCUCGGCCGAGGAGGCGCUGCGCACCCUCGUCUUGUAGCCGCAUUAAAGGUUCUGACGACCGCA